GAGGAGGCUUAUAAGAGCCGGGCACCGCGCCCGGGGAGCGGGGAGCGACUGAGGUGGUGGAGCUCGCGGAGCGUGGUGCCGGCGGCCGUUAGGUGGGCGCCGCAGGGCGGGGGACUUUCUUCCCUACUUCGUGGUCUUCACGUCGCUUGCUUGUUGGUUCGCCUUUUCAGUCAAGAUGUCAGCCCGCGGCCCGGCUAUCGGCAUCGACCUGGGCACCACCUACUCGUGCGUGGGGGUCUUCCAACAUGGCAAGGUGGAGAUCAUCGCCAACGACCAGGGCAACCGCACCACCCCCAGCUACGUGGCCUUCACCGACACCGAGCGGCUCAUCGGCGACGCCGCCAAGAACCAGGUGGCCAUGAACCCCACCAACACCAUCUUCGACGCCAAGAGGCUGAUCGGGCGCAAGUUCGAGGACGCCACGGUGCAGUCGGACAUGAAGCACUGGCCGUUCCGGGUGGUGAGCGAGGGGGGCAAGCCCAAAGUGCAGGUGGAGUACAAGGGGGAGAUGAAGACCUUCUUCCCGGAGGAGAUCUCCUCCAUGGUCCUCACCAAGAUGAAGGAGAUCGCCGAGGCCUACCUGGGGGGCAAGGUGCAGAGCGCCGUCAUCACCGUGCCGGCCUACUUCAACGACUCGCAGCGCCAGGCCACCAAGGACGCGGGCACCAUCACGGGCCUCAACGUGCUGCGCAUCAUCAACGAGCCCACGGCGGCGGCCAUCGCCUACGGCCUGGACAAGAAGGGCUGCGCGGGCGGCGAGAAGAACGUGCUCAUCUUUGACCUGGGCGGCGGCACUUUCGACGUGUCCAUCCUGACCAUCGAGGACGGCAUCUUCGAGGUCAAGUCCACGGCCGGCGACACCCACCUGGGGGGCGAAGACUUCGACAACCGCAUGGUCAGCCACCUGGCCGAGGAGUUCAAGCGCAAGCACAAGAAGGACAUUGGGCCCAACAAGCGCGCCGUGCGGCGGCUGCGCACGGCCUGCGAGCGCGCCAAGCGCACCCUGAGCUCGUCCACGCAGGCGAGCAUCGAGAUCGACUCGCUCUACGAGGGCGUGGAUUUCUACACGUCCAUCACCCGCGCCCGCUUCGAGGAGCUCAACGCCGACCUCUUCCGCGGGACCCUGGAGCCCGUGGAGAAGGCGCUGCGCGAUGCCAAGCUAGACAAAGGUCAGAUCCAGGAGAUCGUGCUGGUGGGCGGCUCCACCCGCAUCCCCAAGAUCCAGAAGCUGCUGCAGGAUUUCUUCAACGGCAAGGAGCUGAACAAGAGCAUCAACCCCGACGAGGCGGUGGCCUACGGCGCGGCUGUGCAGGCGGCCAUCCUCAUCGGGGACAAGUCUGAGAACGUGCAGGACUUGCUGCUGCUCGACGUGACUCCGCUGUCGCUGGGCAUCGAGACGGCCGGCGGCGUCAUGACUCCGCUGAUCAAGCGGAACACCACGAUCCCCACCAAGCAGACGCAGACCUUCACCACCUACUCGGACAACCAGAGCAGUGUCCUGGUGCAGGUGUACGAGGGCGAACGGGCCAUGACCAAGGACAAUAACCUGCUGGGCAAGUUCGACCUGACCGGGAUCCCCCCGGCACCCCGCGGGGUCCCCCAGAUCGAGGUCACCUUCGACAUCGAUGCCAAUGGCAUCCUCAACGUCACCGCCGCCGACAAGAGCACUGGGAAGGAAAACAAAAUCACCAUCACUAACGACAAGGGCCGUCUGAGCAAGGACGACAUUGACCGGAUGGUGCAGGAGGCUGAGCGGUACAAGUCGGAGGAUGAAGCUAAUCGCGAUCGGGUCGCAGCCAAAAACGCCGUGGAGUCCUAUACCUACAACAUCAAGCAGACAGUGGAAGACGAGAAACUGAGGGGCAAGAUUAGCGAGCAGGACAAAAACAAGAUCCUCGACAAGUGUCAGGAGGUGAUCAGCUGGCUCGAUCGAAACCAGAUGGCAGAGAAAGACGAGUACGAACACAAGCAGAAGGAGCUUGAAAGAGUGUGCAACCCCAUCAUCAGCAAACUUUACCAAGGCGGUCCUGGCGGCGGUUCCGGAGCCUCCGGGGGACCCACCAUCGAAGAAGUGGACUAAGCUUACACGCAGUCAGCAGCGUAAAGCUCUUUUCCUUUCUCCCCUCCCCCCCCCCCCCCGCCCCUUUUCCCCCUUUCCCCUUUUUGUUUUGGUUUCUUUGAAAUAUCCUUGUGCCAAGUAUGAGACCUAUUGUUGGAAGUGUAUGCAUAUGAAAGGAAAGGUGCAACAACUUAGUUUAUAAAAUUUUAUCCUUAUAAAAGGUUAGUUCCAAAGUUUGAUUUUGAAAAAAAAAGAAAGGUUUCUCUUUAAUGCAUUUUGAAUGCUGAUUUGAGUAUUUCUUGGUUAGUGCAUGGAGAUUUGUUUGAGCUGAGAAACCGACGUUUGCACACCUGUCCUGUGGAAGCUUGGUAACAAGAUAUAGAGAAGCUUGAAUUGUUUAUUUUAUGUACGACUUUAAGAUUAAAGCAAAUCUGCAGUAAUCUUAAGGACAGGUAUCUUUCUGCAAACAUGCAUAAAUGCAAAUUUAAAGUAAAGUUGAACUUGAUCUCAAAA